UUGUUCGGUGGAAAAGUUUCAACAUGUUCUCAGAGAAACACUUACUUUUUCUAUUUAUUUGCAGCAACAUCGUGCGCAGCAGAUGACGCAGCUACACAAGCAGCUGCAUCAAGUGAUGCAGCAGCCACUGAAGCAAAUACUGCUCGAGCUGGAGGCUCCGAUUCGGGAACGAAUGCUCUGGUUCCGCUCUCAAAUGAAGACGAGUGUGUUGAUAAGAACCCGGAGUGCCCGAAGAGUGCUCGGUACUGUAACGAUGCAUUCUUUUAUGAAUUUAUGAAGGAGAAUUGCAAGAAAACUUGCGGGGAAUGUGAGUUACGGAGUGAAUGUGACGAUGUUCUACCAUCACAGGUUUGUGAAGAUAACUACGAUUACUGCUAUGAUCCGGUUUACCUGAACUUGAUGAGACAACAAUGCCGCAAGACCUGUUUAUUUUGCCCAGAAUUCUGCUAUGACACGAUUGAAAAUUGUGCGAGCAGUCUGAUUUAUUGCUAUGACCCUUUAUAUCGAAACAUUAUGGGGUUCCGUUGCCCUAUUAGCUGCAAAUUCUGCGGAGGUACUUGCAAAGACGAGUUGGCAAAUUGUGCACAAAACAAACACCUUUGUUCCAAUUCUACACAUAAAAACUUUAUGAGCGUCAGAUGCUCGAAAACAUGUGGAGUUUGCUAAUU